GUUCGGCGAAUUUAUUCAGUGUUCUGUUGCCAUAGCCUUAAGCCAAAUGCUGAGACAUUCAGAAGGAUGAUAAGUUUGAGUGUGAAAAUGAAAGAUUUUGGUGGUGCAUAUGCGAUGCUGAAUGAUUCAAGGAAAAUGAAUGUUAAACCUGUAGCUGGCAUGUAUAAUGCUAUAAUGGCAGGAUAUUUUCGAGAGAAGAAAAUUUCCGCUGGGUUGAGGGUUCUCAAGCAAAUGGAACUUGACAGUGUAAAACCAGAUCCUCAAACUUACAGCUAUUUAAUAGGCUAUUGUGACUGUGAAGAGGAUAUUAUCAAGUAUUAUGAAGAACUGAAGUGUUCUGGGAUUACAGUAACGAAGCACAUAUUUAUGUCACUUAUUAAUGCAUAUGCAGCUUGUGGACAGUUUGAGAAAGCAAAACAGGUAGGACUGAAAUACAUCCAUCUAGCACCAUUUUCUUUUGAAGUCCCACCUGUUUUUGAGAUGGAAAAGCAAGAGGAAAUAUACCGAUCAUAUGGUAUAGAGAAAUCAUCUUGAUGAUGCAGUUUAAACCAUGAUUGAGUGUUGGAUAUGUGAUAUAUCUAUGGGAUCUGACAACUUAAAAAUUCUCUGCAUUCUCUCUUCCUCCUUUUUUAUUUCUUACAUCUUUAUGCAUUAUUUAUUAUAUUAUGUCUGUGAUGAUCUCAGAUAUACUAAUUUAUAUGGUAGGUUCUCUUGGAUGAAGGGAUACCAGUUAAA